AUGAGGAAUAAGCCACAAUCUUGGGACACACGGUGUUUCACCUGCUACAGGUUUGAUCGUUCUCUCAACUUUCUGGAGAACUGUGGGUUGUUCUGGAACAUAGGAUCGGCAGUGACUCCUGUGGUCACCUUCACCCCGAACUGGAGGAAGAUCUUCAUAGGAGAGUCUAUAACAAUGACGUGUGAUGUGGGGUCCUCUGGAGGAGAAGAUCUGCCCUAUUACUGGUACAAAGAUGGUUACUGGGUACAUACAGGAAAAAUCUAUACCAUUACAUCUGCAAACACUGAGGAUAGCGGGGACUACAGAUGCUGGGCCAGUUCAGAAAGAAGUGACACUGCCAGACUGGACGUUGUUGUGGGUCAGUUCUUUAUGUCAUAUUUGGAAAUGCACCAUUAUAAUCCCAAUUCCCUUCUUGUUCAGACAAUGGACCCUAUCACCAAAGACAUCUUUGCUCCUCUUCUCGGGCUCCUCCUGUCAGAUCUGGUGAUCCUGCAGGUUCCUCUCGAUGUAUAUGAAGGAGAUGAUGUGACUCUGAGAUGUCACCAUCAUUCUGACUACACAGGAAAAUAUACAAAAUUCUAUAAGGACAAUGUUGUCAUUCAAAACUGGAGCAACACACCUGAAUUUCAUGUAGGAAUUGUAAACAUGAUGAACACCGGGAAAUACAAAUGUGCAAAUGGAGUAACUUUGAACAAAUAUGAAUAUUCCAAAGCUGAAGUUAUCUCCAUACAAAAUCUAUUUGAAAUUCCGGAGAUAAAAGUGACCCCGUAUCCGGUGGUAGAAGGUGAUGAGAUGACGCUGACAUGUGACACUAGUCUCAGCCCUCUCAGACCGAGGACACAACUGAAAUUUGCUUUUCACAAAGAUGGAAGGAAUGUCGGAGAAUUCGCUUCAUAUAAUCAGUAUGGAGUUCAGUCCGCUCAGGUGAAGGACUCUGGGAAUUAUUCCUGUGAAGCGUCAACCGCAACCAACAGUGUAAAGAAGAGGAGUCAGGAGAUAUUGGUCGAAAUAAAAGAGCUGUUUGUAAAUCCAACAAUCAUAGCAAUUCGAAGUCCAACGACAGAAGGAGAUCUCAUGAUCCUGAUUUGUUUCAGUCUCAGUCCGCUCAGACCGGGGACAGAACUGCAGUUUGCUUUCUACAGAGAUGGACGGAAUGUUCAGGAAUUCAGUUUAUCUGAUCAAUAUGGAGUCCAAUCCACCCAGCUGGAGGAUUCUGGGAAUUAUUACUGUCAUGUGGGAGCUUUGAAUGGCAAAGUGAGGAAGAGAAGUCCCUCCAUCCCUAUUAAAAUAAAAGAACUGUUUUUCGCCCCGGUGCUAAAUGUAAGCGCUAAUGAAGUCUUAGAAGGUGACAACGUGACCCUGAUGUGUGACACGAGUCUCAGUCCGCUCAGACAGAGGACAGAACUGCAGUUUGCUUUCUACAGAGAUGGACGGAAUGUUCAGGAAUUCAGUUCAUCCGAUCAAUAUGGUAUCCAAUUUGCUCAGCUGAAGGAUUCUGGGAAUUAUUCCUGUGAAGUGAGAUCUGCAUCCAACAUUUCUAAGAAGAGUGAGGUUGUCUUUGUCUUUGUCCAGAUAAGAGAGAAAAGUAGCAAGGACAUAACACCAAUAAUCAUUGUGACUCCUCUGGCCUUGCUCUUGGUUGCCACUUUCCUGCUCUUGAAGUACAGACACAAGCUACACCGGCCAACCACUGGGUGCCCACAUCAACGAAGAGGACUGCAACCGGAGCCUCAGAUUUCUCCAACACAUGCUGCCGGAGAGUCAGCCGAUGACACUGAAGUCACUUACACCAACCUCAUUCUGCAUCGUGUACCUGAAGGGUCUUCCUUGACCAGAGAACCU